AUGGUGGACGCUUGCAAAACUAAAGAACUGGUGAUCGACUUCAGGAAAAAGUCGCAUCACACCACACCUGUGAGCAUUCAGGGUUUGGACAUUGAGAUGGUGAAGGAGUACAAAUACCUGGGUGUUCACCUCAAUAAUAAACUGGACUGCGUGGAAAGAAUCUCCUGGAGUGCCUGCAUCCAUGGCAGUCAGCAGGUUCAUCUGGGUGUGCGGCUGGUGAUGCCUUCCACCACACAGCCUUACCCUUCUUCUUGGCUGUUCACCCUGUACACGGCCUUGUCUUUCCAUUAUUCUAGCUCGGAACAAGCCAGAGCCAUCAAGGUGAUUGACAAGCACUCAGUGCAUCAGAUCUGUUCAGGGCAGGUGGUGCUGAGUUUGGCAACAGCCGUGAAAGAGCUGGUGGAGAACAGCAUUGAUGCAGGUGCUACACAAGUUGACAUUCGGCUUAAAGAAAAUGGGAUAGAUCUGGUGGAGGUCUCCGAUAAUGGAAAAGGGGUGGAGGAGGAGAACUUUGAGGGCCUAACUUUGAAGCACCAUACGUCUAAACUGAGAGAUUUUUCUGACUUGAUCCGUGUUGCGACGUUUGGCUUUCGUGGUGAAGCUCUCAGCUCACUGUGUGCUCUCAGUGACCUCACCGUGGUGACCUGUCAUGAAAGUAGUCAUGUGGGAACUCGGCUCGUCUUUGACCACAAUGGGCACCUCAUCAGUCGAGCCCCACAUCCUCGGCAGCAGGGCACCACCGUCAACCUCCAGCAGCUGUUUUACACGCUGCCGGUUCGCCACAAAGAGUUCCAGCGAAACAUCAAAAAGGAAUUUUCGAAGAUGGUCCAUGUCCUGCAGUCAUACUGCAUCAUCUCUACUGGUGUGCGCAUCACAUGUACAAAUCAGAUUGGCCAAGGCAAGCGUAGCACAGUGGCUUGUACGAGUGGGAGCCACAGCAUGAGAGACAACAUUGGAGCACUGUUUGGGCCUAAACAACUCCAGACUUUGAUUCCCUUUCAACAAAUAUCUCCCACUGAAAAUAUUAAAGAGGAUUAUGGCUUAAAUGAGGCUGAACUUCCAAAAGAUCUGUUCACAAUCUCUGGUUAUGUGUCUCAAGCUGAUCACGGUGUUGGACGUAGUGCAACCGACAGGCAGUUUUUCUUUAUUAACAAAAGGCCCUGUGAUCCAUCCAAGGUAGCCAAGGUUGUAAAUGAAGUCUAUCACAUGUUCAACCGCCAUCAAUACCCAUUUGUUGCACUGAACAUUUCUGUUGCUUCAGAAUGUGUUGACGUGAAUGUUACACCUGACAAGCGUCAGAUAUUUCUUCAGGAGGAGAAGCUGUUGCUUGCUGUUCUGAAGAGCUCACUCAUAGCUAUGUAUGAGACUGGUGUCAAUAAGAUCAGUCUUAAUCACACACCACAACUCAUAGCCAGCUUUUCCAGAUCAACUGAUUCUGCUGAUAGUUCGGAAUGCUCUCAAACAGCUGUGAAGCAUGAUGGGACAUCAGAGGAUUUUUCAGAGACAUCGAGUCCAACCACAAAGUCAUCUCUAAACUUAGCUGGACUAAAAGCUGCAUUUUCAAAACAGCAGGUUUCUGGUAGUGGGACAAAGACUUUAACCAGUAAAACUGUAUGUAAUGUUCCUGCUCAGAAAACAAUGCAGUCUUUUAUCCAGUGCUCUGAAAAAACUAGUUACAUGAAAUCAUCAUCAGCAGAUAGUUCAAAUAAAAUGGUAAAGUUUCCACUGAAAGCUUCCCUGUCAAGGUUAAAAAACUUUGGAUAUGGUUCAACCGUGAAUGCUGAUUCAGGUCUUUCAGAGCAAGACUCUGUCACAAGAACCUCUGAGACUUUGUGUGAAAAUGGGUCUGAAAUUGACUGUCGAGAUGACUCUGUUAUGGACGAGCCUAUCAUCAAAACAGAGCCUAACAAAGAACCUGUAAGUGAGGGUCAUAAUGUCUUAGAACCUUUAGAACAAGAGAUGGAGUCCGUCACUUGUUCUGACAGGAUCUUUAGUCCUGAGGCGAAAAAACCUAGGUGGGAUGAUGUCCCAUCAGAAAUGUCUCCGUUCCUGGCUGCUAGAGACACUUCCUGUGGACUGUUCGACAGACCUGUAAGCAUGCAGAAGAAAACAGUCUCAAUACAGUUUUCAUUUACGGAGCUGGCCAGAAGAAUGCAGAGACUGAAAGCCCAACAGAAAGAGCAGAGUGACCGGGAGCCUAAAUUUAGACGCUUUCGAGCUAAGAUUAACCCGGGUGAAAACCAGAGUGCGGAGGAUGAACUGAAGAAGGAGAUAAGCAAGGACAUGUUCAAGGACAUGGAGAUUAUCGGUCAGUUUAAUCUGGGAUUCAUCAUCACAAGGUUCAAGUCUGAUCUGUUUAUGAUCGACCAGCACGCCACAGAUGAGAAGUACAACUUUGAGAUGCUACAGCAGCAUACAGUCCUACAAGGACAGAAACUGAUAGUUCCACAGAAUCUUCACCUCCCUGCAGUGAGUGAAACUGUGCUGAUUGACAAUCUGGAAAUCUUCAAGAAAAAUGGCUUUGACUUUCUUAUUGAUGAAAGCGAACCAGUCAUGGAGCGAGUGAAGCUGGUGUCUUUACCCACAAGUAAGAAUUGGACGUUUGGCACUGGAGAUAUUGACGAGCUGAUCUUCAUGCUCAGUGACUGUCCUGGAGUCAUGUGCAGGCCUUCUCGUGUCCGGCAGAUGUUUGCCUCUAGAGCAUGCCGCAAAUCGGUAAUGAUCGGCACUGCACUGAAUACCAGUGAAAUGAAAAAGCUUGUGGUCCAUAUGGGAGAAAUUGUACAGCCUUGGAACUGUCCUCAUGGCAGGCCUACAAUAAGGCAUCUGGUUAACCUGGAUGUCAUUACUCAAGACUGAAAUGCCUUUAUUUACCAUUUAAUUACAGACUUUCAUUCAAGCAUUUAAUUGGUUUUAUAGUUUAGGUAGAAACAGAAACUACAAUCCUGUCAGCACUUUUGGCUUUGCUAUUGCAAUUUGUUGCAUGUAUAUUGUUAACAGGUUUAAGCUUAUGUUUUAUGUUUUACAAAACCAUGAUACCAUGUUUAUAUAUAAGGUUUUUAAAAGUUGUAAAUAAAGAGUUUU